GAGUAUUGCUUUUGCGCGCCAUCACAAAUGUCAUAGCAUAAUAUCAAAGAAGCCAUCGAAUGUAACCUCACAAACACGACAAGCUGCACACAUUGUUCACGGGAGCAGCAAAAAUAAAGCGAAUUUUCAGUGAGAUAAUGUAAAAAAAAACAACACCCGAUUGUUGAAUUUCGAUUAAAAUUGUGUACUUGGCACUGGUGUUGAUAAAAACUUGGACGGGUAAUUGGGGAUUGCCGCAUAGCACGCAAUACGCUUAGCAGCGCAAAAAUGCGGCCGGAAAGUUUGGAAUUAGAGUCGAAAUCUCGAAUAUCUGUGUCGCAAACAAUUUUACAGAAACUAAAAUCGAGUUCUCCGAAUGCAUCGGGCAUUGCAAGCAUCUGCAAUGAAGAGGAAUUUCUUGGUGGGGUGAUUCGAGGUGGUCAACUUGCUUGGAUUGCAGUCGGAUCGAAUGUCGAGGUGUUAUCUACCAGAACUGGACACAGAGUCGCCGGACAUUCGUUCGAUGAGAAAAGUAUCGUCACUUGUGUGGCCGAAGUGACAGCAAAUGAUAUUAGCUCAUGUUUAUUGAUCAUUGCCGUUCAACGAGUGCCCAUUGGCGGACUACUGUAUUUGUUUUCGGUGCAAGGAUCUCGAAUUGUUCAUUGCAUCGGCGUGGUUGACAAAAUCACCAGCUGCUGUUUCAUAAGCGAUGCUGCAUGCAAACGUGGCUGUUUGAAGACUUUCAACGGCUGUGCAGCGGUCGGAACUGACGCUGGAGAAGUGUUCUUGGUCGAUUUGAAUCUGAAUCGAUGUAGAGAAACUAUAUCAAGACAGAAACCAUUCAAUCCAAACUCAGAUGAUACGUCGUGCAAACUACUAUCGGCGCCAAUUGAUGAGGAUGAAGUUCGUGUACAUAUCAAGCAAACGCGGCUUGAGAACAUAAAUUUGGGCAUUCGUUUGGAUUUUUCUGUCGUUGAACAGCCUUCACCCAUUUCGUCAAUACUGUCAAUGCCACAAAUGCAAAUGAUUGUGAUUGGCCUUGAGAAUGGUUUGCUUGCCCUAUUCAACUUGUGCGAUUUGAAUGCUCUCCAUUUGGCAUACCCACCAGAGAUCGAUUCACCGCUUCUAAAAAUGACAUUCUUAGAACCGGCCGACGAUCCAAGACCAUGCGUAUAUAUUUGGGCAUUUCAUGCUAACAAAAAUAAUUUCCCAUUCGCUGUGAUGCAUUCCGUUUCGUUCACGUCGAAAACCUAUCAAGAUGGCGAGAAUAUUUACGAAACAUUUCAAUGGUGUCGACCAGAUUUGACGAUUCCAAUUCAUGAAAGAGAAUCAACGCCAAUCUCAUGCCAAUCGGUGACUAAAAUAGUUUCCGAUGAAGAAGAUGAACAGUACAGCCUGUGCCUGUUAGCAUGGACCAAUCGAAUGUCAUCGUUCGUGCUGGUUUUCGAUUUGAAUCAAUGGUACAAGGAGCAAAUGCCACGCAUGUGUGACUGGCGAGAUUAUCCAAGCUAUUUGGCACCGUUUCCAGUCGAAAUUGGUGACGCACCGUUGGACAUUUGGCUGAAUCCAAAGUCAGUAGUAACUUUCAAUUCGAUACAACGACCCGAAGAGCAUUUCUACCCGACGUCGUUGAGCUUUGAUUUGAUUGAAUUGAAAACGACAAUCGUUCAUAAGCUGCAAUGGGCUGGAUUGCAAAACAAUGCCAUCAAGAAAUUAAGCAGCACAGGUGCCGUUGCUAUUCUCAUGCCCGAUGAAUGUUUCGUCGAGUUUUUGGAGGCUUCGCUGAUUCCACAGUUGAGCGACCAAAAUUAUCAUGCGAACCCAUCAAAGAGAUUGAAACAAGAGUUUCUGUUAUCAAUGGCAUUGGAAUACAAUUGCAUGAGUUUAUUGCGAGAAUGUGCGCAGCAUUGGGCUGAUGGCAGUCACAUGGGCCGUGGUGUCAACGAUGAUGGAUUGACCCUAUCAACGCUCACCGAUUGGAUUUGGCAUCAAGCAACGUUAAUCAAAGACCGAUGCAACGAUCUCUGUGUACCACUGUUCGAUGACUCAGGCAUCACAAUCGAUUUACGGUCACGAAAAAUUCUUGCCCAUUACUCACGGCAAUUGAAACUACUGGCCGACCUUUUGCACAUGAUCAUCACGAAUUAUCGCCAGUACAUACCGGAUGAAAUUUUUGAUACGCUCACCAUGCAACGCAACUCGAUUCGCAUGACAUCAGAGUACCAAGAAGUCCUUCAAUGGUUGCUGAACAUGGGACUGUUACCCGAAAUCGUUUGGAAUCAACUGUCGCUACCCGAAGCAAGGAAUAAUACUUUCACCGCAAUACCGUAUCCGUAUCGGAUCCUGAAUAAAUUCUACACUGAGCAACGGCAGCGAUUCUACGACAUUGAUCGCAGUAACAUCACACCAAAAACAAAUAGCUGCAAAUGUUUGUACAUCGAUUCAUUCAUCGAUCGUGAGUGCAACUCUCAUUUGCUACGGAACGAAUGGAACAAUGGACUAGGUGACGGCUUGUACCCACCGCCAUCAUUACAAGCGAUGCUCCGCAUUCUCUUGAUACCCGGCAUAACGCUGGAGAACAAAUACAUGCUGUUUGUCUACCUUUUUCUUGAUUUACACAUGGUUCUGGAGGCCGAACACUUCAACGUCGUGCAAAAUCUCAUCAAGUUUCCGGCCGUUUUCAAUUUGAAUUCAUCGCUGAUCAAAACCACACAAGCAUUCUGGAAUUUGGAUCACAAUGAAUAUGAGAUUGCAUUGAAAGAGCUCAUUUCGCCGCUGACCAGUGACCGACUAAUAUCGCAGUGGCAACAAGAGUUGUUGGUAAACACACUUCUGAUACGUGAUAUGCCCAAUUUGGCACUGCAAGCAAUACGUGCACCUGGUCCAUCGAUCAACACACCACUUCGUAUUAAAACUCUAUUGGCAAACAACUUAAUCACCGAAGCAUUCGAGUUGCAACGUUCCAAAUUCGAUGAGCAUCUUUUGUUGGAGUUUUUCAAAGGGUGUCACGAGCAUAAAAAGUGGAACUAUGUACUUGGUUUGUCGUUGACGGAACGGGAGGGUGAAAUUUUGUGUAAAUUCUUGAAAACAUGUGACUCUUUGCUGUCUGAGAAUUUGCAAUUGCUGUAUUUACUGCAACGCAAUCGAUACAUUGAGGCUCUUACAUAUUUGGACGAUUUGAAACACAAACCCCGAUCGAUAGCUAUGCAUAAGAAGCUAGAAAAUACGCAAGACAUGAUAAUAUCGUCGUAUAAACUGGCUAUGAAUACGACAAACCGAGCACUUUGUGAUCAAUACAUGGCAAUAAAAGAUCGUCUGCGGGUUGAUGUACAGCAAAAUAAUGAAUCAACCAGUCCGUUGAGCAGUCAUCUCAAUCCAUACAUCGUGGAUACUAAUGCAAAUGUCGUUGGAAGUGUAUUCCACAGAGCAAUCGUAUCGGCAAAACGUACUGGUUUCAAUAGUAUGUCACAAAAGUAUCACAUACCACUUUUGGGUAAUAUACGCGUUGAUCUCGAUUUGGAAGAAGUCGAUGAUUACAAACCGACUGUGGAGCCAAAACCGUAUAUCGGUCUAUUGAAGCGUCGCAAGGAAAUUUCAUAUGAAAAUAAUGCAGAUCCGGAUCAGCGGCAACCGGCAGCCAAACGUCAACGCACUGACUCAUUCUCGAUAGCCGAUCAACCGCUGAAGAAGCACGCUCCCGGUAUAAAUAGCUAUUUGAUGACAUCGCUAACGAAUCAGAAUCAAAUGGUAAAGAAAGCAGUGAAUCGUCUAGAUUUGGAUGACACCAUUGAAAUCGAUAAUGAUCAACGCAAUUCGUUGGGUGAACUAUGCGAUACGGUCAAUUUGCUUAGUACACCUGUAGUGAAGAGCAGCCGCUUGGACAUACACAGUCGCAUUGAAAGUCGUUGCCAAACGCCACAGAGUAUCUUGAAACAGCGACACACCGAAGCAGGUUCGAUAAUUUCACGACGUUCAACAUCACCGUCGUUGACAGUGCAUUCAGCCCGACGAUCGGUUGAUUUCAAUGCACAACCAUUUUGCUAUACAAUUCCAUCGCAAAAUGACGAGUAUCGUCUGGGAGCCAUUGAAGAGACAGGACACAUCGAGGAAGAUGACGAUUCAAGCUCAUUGAAUUCGCCCAAUUCAAUCAAAGGACGGCGAGCGAUUCAUUCGGGCAAAAGUAGCACUGCAUCGAAUUCCAUCGACGAAUUUUACUCACCAGAAACAUCGAAGGUGCAAGAGGAGCAUGAAAAAUCAAUUCAAGUUGCUGAAAAUAAUGAGCUGUCACGUAUAUCACAUCAAAAUGAUGCUCCAGCAGCUUCGAAUUCAAAUAUUAAAUCUCGACGUGGAUUGCGAUCAAAAACACCGGAAAUUCCAAUGAUGAGCUCGACGCGUAUAACACGCUCACGUUCCAAGUUAAACUUGGACGACUCGGUCGACUAUGAGACUGCUACGUCACAACCCGUGCUGAAUACAUCAACGCCAAAACGAGCCACACCAAAACGUUCAUCGUCACGAUCAUUGAGUAAAAAUGUGAUUACAUCGAAUGCAUUGAAAGCACAAAGCGAAGCCGAAAAAUUGGUUAAAGAUAAGGAGCCAGAAUACGUUUAUUCAACGGAUGAUUCACCCUAUGCCACCAUUUCGGAAGCGAAGCAACGUAAUUAUCUAAAAGAUGCAUCUGAAAUGAGUGUGAAACAAGCUUCAAUGGCAUAUUCCACUGAUGAAUUGGAUGCAACACAGUUUAAACAUAAACAUAACCUACUACAAGAUUCAUCAUCGUUUGCAUCGGAGCGUAGUGAAAGUGACGCUUUCGAGAAACUUUCUGAACAUGAGGAUUCCAUUAAGGAGCAAAUCGACGAGGAAAUCGUAGAGCAAGUUGAGCAAAAUGUGCAAGAGUCGGAAUACACAGAAGAUAAGCCAAUUGAUGAUCAAUCAACUGUUGAUUAUUCGAUGGAAAGCAUUGGAAAUGAACCAAACCUUGAGCAAGUUCAAGAAAAUAUUGAAAUUGCAUCAGACACGCCAACCUCAACACAAAAUAGCCCAAUUCCAACGAUCGUUGUCACCGAAACUGUGUCGGAACAAACUGAAAUCACUACUCGCACGUUCCCACAAAAUUAUUUGGUUGAUAGUUCGAUGGGCGCAAGUGAAUCGAUUAUGCAAAAAAUCAAUCGUUACGAGCAUUACACGAGUUCAUUCGGUGAGACUACGCCUGCGAAAAAUUUCCUAGAAGACAGCUCGAUUUGUACACAGCAAACGGCGGCUGAAUCAGCAUCGUAUGUGGACAGUGAGAAGGAUGUUGUGAAUCUUGACGAUUUUCAUGAUGAUGAGUCGAAGAGUGAAUCGUCUUCAAACAACACCAUUUCCAGUGAGGAUAGCUCUGACACCGAAAUUCAAGGCGAUUUAGUCUACGAAGAGAGCGAUAAUGAGGAAAAUGAUGAGGUUAUUCAGAUUUCGAGCAGCUCUGACGAUGACGAUGAUGACGAUGAAUCGCACAAGUCUUCAGACGAUGUACAAAUUACCGAUUCACAUAGCUACAACGAAUACGAUGAUUUGAAGUAUGACAUAAAUGAUGAAUUUGCCACCACUUCACAACCCCAAUCCACUGAGUAUGAACAUGUUGAUGACUAUCGUAUCACCGAGUUGCAAUCGGCUCAACUUGACGUUCAACCAGACGACACCGAAGUGCCCAGCUUGAUUUCCCAAGAGCAGGCAAUGAAUGAAAUGAUUUAUGGUGAUUUGGGUGUGGCCGAUGCUGAAAUGUUGGACUUGGACGUACAUAACGAUGCAUUUGGAUUUGAAAUGCAUGGCCAUCAUGGUGAACAAAAUCAAGGAUCCGUUUAUUUGGAAGCCGUUCAAAUGGCAUCAAAACGAAACGAACAAGCCGAACAGUUGAUUUUGGACGAUCCAUCAAAUGGUCAUGCUCCAUCGAGCAGCAGUGAACCAUCAAGCGGAGAACAAACACAGCAACCAGACAAUAAUGAGGCACAAUCGGCUUGUCAAGAGCAGACACAAGAACUUGUUGCCGAUGAUAAAACUGCAGUUGAAGACAAAGUGGAGGAUCAGGUUAACGACGUGGUCACGACUGGAACACAUGAAGAGAGCAAAGUUGUUUAUAUUCCAAUUCAAGUCGAGCCGUUAGAAGAUGAAACAAAUAUGCAAGAUAAAGCUGUUAUAAUUGACGAAACUACGGCUGUUGAUAGCACAACUCCAGACAAUCUUGAGCCAAUCGAAGUUACCGAAUUCGAAAUUGAACCAACAAAUAUCUUUGAAAAUACUGCCAUUACAAGUACAUUUAAUGUAACUGAACCGGUUGAAAUUUUGGCACAAGGAAUUACACAGAAAAAUGAGCCGGGGAAAAUUGAGUCAGAGCCAGAGCAACUUAAACCAAUUGAAGUUGAAGAAAUUUAUUCUCCCGAGAAAACAACGAAGAAAGAUGAUUCAGUCAAACCAAAAACACCAGCAAGAAGAACACGACAUACGACUUCACAACAGGACACGCCGAAAAAAGUUGAAGCGGCUGAAAAAGUCGAUGAAGAAAAUGAGAGUAGUAAAGCCGAUUUACCUGAAACAAACCCGAAAGCUAAAUCAAAGCUGAAAAAAUCGGAUUCGCAGCAGACGUUGACAAAAAUGGACGAAAUUGAGGUAGAAACCAGGCCCAAACCACGAACUAAACGUGCAAAAUCACAACAGCCACCUGAACCAAUCAUUAAAGAUGUGGAUCGAAAGAAACGUGGUGCAUCAGAGCAAAGAGAUUUUACAAUCAAAAUCGAAAGAAUGGAAUUGAUGCCUGAGCCAAGCGUCAAAACGACAGCAGCCGCCAGUGAGCCGGACGCAGAAGACAAAAAGCGUAAGAGACGUGGUGCUUCGCAGCAAAAAGAAUCAUCGGCCCAAGUUCCAACUGAAGAGGAGCCAAGCACCUCAAAAGUCACAGUCACAAAACGUACCAGAAACAAAUCGGUCACCGAAUCAGGUCUUGGCGAUAAAUUUGAUGCAGAAGAGAGUGUAUCAACCCGUCGACUUCGCAAAGCUACGUCCCAUCAAAGUCUAUCGGAUGCUGUCGAAAGUACAAUCGACGAAUCGUCGACAACAACAACCAAACGAGGCAAAUCACCAAGCAGAAAGAAAUCAGAGACCACCGCACCCCGGCGUGCAGCAUCGCAUCAAAGUUUAUCCAGCACUUCGGAUAGUGGAAAUCAAGGUAAAGAAGAGCCGGUCAGUCGUAGCACACGCGCAAAAUCAGUUUCGAUGCAAGAUAUCAACAAUCCACGAACAAGACGAGCGGCAUCGCAACAACGUUUGGACGAUAUUGACGAAAAGGAAGAAACUAAAGUGUCAAAGCGUAAAAAAGUCAAAUCUGAAUCGACCGAUUCGGAUUCAGAACUUGGUGAUCGAUUCGAUGCAAACGAAAGUGCACCGAGCCGACGACUUCGAAAUGCCGUUUCACAUCAAACACUUUCGAAAAUUGUUGAAAGUGCGUACGAAGAAUCACCGGCGAAAAAAGGGAAAUCCAAAAUCAAAAAAGAACCAACAACACCGAGAACAACACGACGUGCCACUUCCAUCCAAAGUUUGUCUAGUGCUGCUGACGAUGAAGCAAAAGUGGUGGAUGCUGAAGUAACGAAAACCCGUUCAAGAAAGAGAUUAAAAUCAGACACAUCGGAUCAAGCUGAAGAAAAAGAGGAAAUCGGAAGUAAAACUCCAAAGUCACGAUCACGGCGCACUUCAUCCGUAACAGAAAAAUCGCCAAAAGACACUGAUUCCGCAAAGGAAUCGCGCAGAACAUCGAAGCGAUCGAGUAAAAAAGAUGAUGACACCCAAUCGGAAGCUUCUUCAAUUGUUUCGUCACGCAGUCGCAAGGCAAAUACUGACGAUGAAACGUCUUCAGUAAAAUCAAGCAAAGUUCGCGCCACACGUUCGGGUUCGGUUUUACCAGCCAUUGCCGAAGAUGAAGUUCAAACUACAAGCACAUUGUCCCAGGAUUAUUUGGAAACAAGUCGUUUGACUCGUUCACAACGAGCUACUGUUGAAAAAUAUGCUAAACUCAAGGAAAAAAUUUCAGCCGUGGAACCCACCACCACACGACGAAAAGCUCGCAAAGCCAAGGCCGAUGAUACUGUUGAUGAGAAGCAGUUCGAUUUCGAUCACAGCGAUACUGAAUCGAUCGUAUCACAGAAGAGUUCCGUGUCUAAAGCAUCAAAGAAAUCAAAAACAUCUGAAGCAUCUACAUCGCAACGUUCAACACGUCAACGGACUCAGAAGAAAUAAAAAACUUCGCCACUUUGUUUGAUACCAAUUAUUGUAUUUAAGAUUGAGGUUCUUGUAAAACAUGAAGAUACAUUUUUUUCUGUUGUUUUUGUUAAUGGGAAUUAAAAAAUUUCGAUUUGAACGGCACACUUUUUUCAAUGCGACUCAAACAUUUUUUAGUGCUGUUUAUGUUAUAGCCGUUUGCAAUCAAUUUGCUACAUUUUUUGGAUAAUAAAUCGAUUUAAAUUGAAAUAAGAACAUAAAA